ACACAUUUCCGUACGGGUUAGGCGCCAUAAAUGAGUUCUAUUUUAAAACCCAGAAAUUCUCAACCGCGUCACAGUAUUUCUUCGUCAAGAUGAGAUGAACAAAUCCAAAAAUUUCUUCGAAAACCUCCUGAAGCCCUUCACAUCCAGCUCCAAUAGAGAUCAAGACGAAGAUGAUUUGGGGAGAAUUGCAGCGCGAGAGCAGAGAAACAUUCCCUUUGAAGCCCUUGCUGUAGCAACAAAGAAUUUUCACCCCUCUCAUAAGCUUGGAGAAGGGGGUUUUGGCUCAGUUUAUCAUGGAAAAUUGAGUGAUGGGAGAGAAGUAGCGGUGAAGAGGUUGUCACAGAGAUCUUCUCAGGGGAAUAAGGAGUUUUUGAAUGAGGCAAAGCUGUUGUCGCGUGUGCAGCACAAGAAUGUUGUGAAUUUGUUGGGAUAUUCAAUUCAUGAUGCAGAAAAGCUGCUUGUUUACGAAUAUGUUGCGAACCAGAGCCUCGAUAAGUUUCUUUUCAAGCCUGACAAAAAAGAGUUGCUGGGCUGGAAUCGAAGGCAUGAUGUGAUAGUAGGUGUUGCGAAGGGCCUGCUCUAUCUUCACGAACAAGCUCAUUGUACCAUCAUUCACAGGGACAUCAAAGGCAGCAAUAUCCUACUAGAUGAGAAAUGGGCUCCCAAGAUUGCUGAUUUUGGCAUGGCACGCCUUUUCCCAGAAGAUCAAACGCAUGUUCAUACCCGUGUAGCUGGUACCAAUGGUUACAUUGCACCAGAGUAUCUCUUGCACGGCAACGUCUCUAAAAAAGCAGAUGUUUUCAGUUUCGGGGUUGUGGUUCUUGAGCUUAUCAGCGGGCAGAAAAACUCCAGUUUUACACGGGAUCCUGAUUCGGAGAGCCUGCUUGAAUGGGCGUAUAAGCUUUACAGAAAGCAAAGGAGCUUCGAGAUCAUGGAUCCAGUACUGAUGUCAUCGGCAGAUAUGGAGCAGAUGCCAACAAUCAUUCAAAUCGGGUUGCUCUGUGUCCAGUCUGAUCCCCAAGCACGGCCAGAUAUGGACCGUGUGGUGAUGCUGCUGUCACGAAAGCUGAGACAUAUUGAAGAACCAAGCAGACCGGGAGUGCCUGGGUCCAGAUUCAGGCGAUACCGUACCGGAACCACCUCAUCAGCCACCGGGAACUCCUACGGAUCGAAUUCAGGAUCCUUUGGCUCCACGAACUUGCUUAGUGCCUCAUCAAGUGCGACUUCAUCGAGCCUAGCGAAUACCCAGUUACAGCGGCAUGGAAAGCGUCCUAUCAAAGAUUAGAUCAUGACAUUCUUUGUACAUAAAUUAGUUUGCAUUAGUGUCUUUCUUUUUCUUUUAUAGUUUUGAGGUAAUAUAAUUAAUCUUUUUUAUCUUUUUUGCUUCGUAGUCUAAUUGACGUUAUACUCGUGUACAUAUAAUUUUUCGAGCUACAUACUAACUAUUCUGGAUGA